AUGACUCCCAGUAGCUCUCCGUUGGUGACACGACUGACUGGUGACGGGCAACCACUGCAGCUGUACACCUUGGGGUAUAUCAAGCUCGUCUGCACCUUUGUUAAGUACAUCCCACAAGCUUUUUUCAACUAUAAGCGCCAAUCGACCGAGGGCUGGAGCAUAUUGCAAAUCUUGUUCGAUCUGACGGGAGGGGUGCUGUCUGUAGCCCAGCUGACCAUCGAUGCGAGCUUUGGGGGUGACUGGAGUGGAAUCACCGGGAAUCCUCUGAAGCUCGGGCUCGCAAACAUUAGCAUGGGCUUCGACCUACUUUUUAUCGUUCAGCACUUUGUCCUGUACCGGGAACGGGAAGAGAUAUGCAAGGGCUCGGACGAGGAAAAUGACCCAGAACGACCGCUGCUCGGCCGUUGA